CAUAGAAGCAGCAAAAACAGGAAGUGAUCUCAAUUCCAUAGGCUACUUCAGCUUCUGCCAGAAACCAAUGCCUUAGCCAUAACUAAAAGUGCAGAACUAGCUCUACUUCCUGUGAGUAAUCAAAACAGGAAAUAGACAUAUGAAAUGUGGGUGAUGGUCUCAUCAAAAAUCUCCAAUCUCUUAUGUCAAAGAGAAAUAUUCAGACCACCAACCUACUCUUCUCCUCGUGGGCUGUAGUCUCAUUGAUAAUAGGUGUCUUCAUGAAAGAAUGGGUUGAAUUAGUCCCCAAAAUAAAAAAGGUCAAGAUUAGCCACAGUCCAUGGAUGACAUGCUGCACUACCAUUUGGCCAGAAGAUAGCCUGAAAGUGGUCAGGAUCAUGAUGGUGUUGGUUCUCUGCCUUUCCUUCUUCCUUAACUUGAUCCUGGGUAUGCAAUACACCUAUGUGAUUCCUCAGAACAGAUAUAUACAGCUCAUCAUUGCCUUCAGCUGUUUCCUCACAGGUUGCCUUCUCCUUGGUACCUUAACACUAUAUCAUCACAAGCUAAAUCAAGGUCAGGGCUUGUACUUCUCUAGUUUCAAGAUCACGUGGGUUCCUUUCACUGCCUACUUAACCGCUGUCUUCUUUAUUACCUGCGGUUUUCUCUGUCUACUACAGUGCAAGCAACCCAUCCAUAGUUGUACCUGCCAGAAAAUUCACUCAUCUACUGAACAGUGUAUAGAUAAACAGCUCUGUGGGCAGUCUAUCCAAGUUAUUUCGCUUCCAGAGAGCACUGCAAUGCCGCGGGGCAUUGUCCGUCUAUCCUCCCAGCAAUCAAAGGAAGAUUCUGCGAACAAAGAACAUCUCCAAAAGCGUCAUGUGACCUGGGCUCUAUGACUGGACAAUCUACCUUCCAUGUGUGCCCAUCUUUAUGGACACAGCUUUCUGAGCAUGCGCCUUGCUGUGUGCAUCUCCAGCCAUUUGGUCUGGGUUCGGCAUUAUGGAAGUGACUGUGAGUGGGUUGGAGAUGCAAAGAGAUGUAGAAAGAAAUGCAGAAAACGGCUUUUUUUAAUCCUGGCAUGCUAAACAAAUAUCUUUUUCUACAGUAUUUGUUAUUGAUAUGAUAAAUAUAUAAAUACUACUUGCUGUAUUAUUAAUUCUGUAUAGAAAAAUAUUUAUAAUGGUACAGUAUUUUUUAUUUUUUGUGUAAUAUAUAUUUUCAUUAGCACAUGUUUGUGAUACCUAAUAAUUACACUUAUCUUGGGGAAUAUAUAUAUAUAUAUAUAUAUAU